AUCAAUUAUGUUGCAAGUUCUGUUUCUUGCUACAUGCUGGUUUAGUGGUUUAGUAAAACUCAAUCUACACGAAAAAUGAAUGUUAAAAUGCUUGAUCUAAAGGAGUAAAGUGACAGUCCCAGAAAAUGAUCUUAAGAUCUCACUUUCAAAGACUAAUAAGUGUGGGGCUUAAUCCGUUUUGUGAAGCUGUGGAAUUCAUGCUAAUUAGGAACUGAUUUUUUAUUUUUAAUAUAAAAUACAUCAGCAGAUCUGUGAUUCCUCUUCAAAGUGGAUAGGCUUUUCUGAUGCUUUAAAGCAAACAGAUUGGUGUAGGAGUAGCAUGAUAGUUGGCUGGGUUCUCUUAUGGUUUUUAAUGUAAUUGGCUUUGCUGAAAUUUAUUUGUGAUAUUGAGGAAUUGAGUCUUUAUAGGUGGUAAUAAAUAUUUUUCUUCAAGUGCAAAUGGAGAAUGUCCAAUUAAGAAUUCAUUAGUGGUCUGCUUUGGUGAAAUGUUAAUUGACUUUGUUCCGACCAUUGGAGGGGUUUCAUUGGCUGAAGCACCUGCUUUCAAGAAGGCUCCUGGUGGUGCCCCAGCUCAUGUAGCUGUUGGCAUAUCAAGGUUAGGAGGUUCAUCAGCUUUUAUUGGCAAGGUAGGUGACGAUGAAUUUGGCUAUAUGUUAGCUGACAUUUUGAAACAAAAUAAUGUUGACAAUUCUGGUGUGCGAUUUGACCAUGAUGCAAGAACUGCACUGGCAUUCGUUACACUCAGAGCUGAUGGUGAACGUGAAUUCUUGUUUUUCCACCAUCCUAGUGCAGACAUGUGUCUUCAUGAAUCAGAGCUUGAUAUAGACCUUGUUAAGAAGGCCAGGAUCUUUCAUUAUGGUUCUAUUAGUUUGAUUGAGGAACCAUGCAGGUCAGCUCAACUUGCUGCAAUGAACAUUGCAAAAAUGUCAGGUAGCAUCCUCUCCUAUGAUCCAAAUUUAAGUUGCCACUAUGGCCAUCAGCAGAGGCUGCUCGGAAAGGCAUAAUGAGCGUAUGGGGUCAGGCAGAUAUUAUUAAGAUAAGUGAGGAUGAAAUUUCAUUCUUAACUGGAGGUGAUGAUCCUUAUGAUGAUAAUGUGGUGCUGCAGAAGCUUUUUCAUCCUACCCUUAAGCUUUUGGUUGUAACUGAAGGUUCUGAUGGCUGUAGAUAUUACACAACGGCAUUCAAAGGUAGGGUUCCAGGUGUUAAAGUUAAACCAGUGGACACAACAGGUGCUGGUGAUGCAUUUGAUGGUGGGAUGCUAAGCAGCAUAGCAUCUGACUCAAAGAUAUUUGAGAAUGAGAAGCGGUUAAGAGAAGCUCUUCUCUUUGCAAACGCCUGUGGUGCUCUGACAGUAACAGAGAGAGGUGCCAUUCCUGCUCUACCCACUAAAAAAGCCGUUCUUGAAUACUUGGCCAAAGUCACUGCAUGAUAGCACUUGUAUUUGAUCGUGUUCCUUUUGAUAUUAAGCUGUUAUAGCCUUUUGUUUCCAUAGUGAAGUUGUAUAUGAGCUCUUGCUCCUUUUUGUUUGUUCACUGGACAUAAAGGACGGGCUUCCGCACAUUUGCACUCAAUCUUGAAGUUUUGUAUAAGUUGGAUGUAUUCAAUAGAAAAAGGUAUUCUUU